AUGCAGCUUAAAACACUUCUCUAUGGCUGUGGCCACAACGUCUGCCUCAUAGCUGCUUCUAGUCUGGGCGACGACGACUCGGGGAAGAACAGUGAAGUUGCAAACACUGACUGGAUCUAUCUUCUCGAUCCUUCUCAGGGUAAUGCAGGUGGUGCACCAGCUGAUGCUACUGCCGAUGGUGGGAUACAGAUUUCUGUCAAUGAAGCUGAAAGUGAAGUUGCAGCUGAAGUUUCAGAUGCUGCUCCUAAGAAAGUUGUGCCAGAUGUGACUGCUCCUGUGGUUCAGAGCCCUGCCAACAUGCUGCCUGUAUUAGUUGUUGAGAAGCCCAAGCUCCAAUCCAUCAUUAUUAAAGAUACUCCAGCAGUCACUGUUGCUCAUGGCUUGUUCCCUGCAGCUCCGAGUGCUCCUCCCCAGGAUCUUGCACUACCUAUCAUAAGAAAGGUACUCAAUUUCUUAUCCAAAACCCCUAGAUCAUGUCCCUUUGCAUCUCUCACUUUACUGAAUAUUGACUUUGACACUGUCAUACCUCCUUACUUCAAUGAUCCUCUAAUCCUGGCCCAUCUGGCAUUGCUCUUGCCUCCCCAGAUCAUGGAACUAGCUGAGGGUCUAAACAACCUGCUUGAUGAGGAGGAUGAUCUCUUUGAGAUCAUUGCUGAAGAAUUCACCCCACGCAAGAGGAGGGCCACCAGAGCCAAGGAACAGAUCGAUGACAGGUUCCUUAGGCGCAGCAAGAGACAUGCUGUAAAAAAUCAAGGUUACAAGGCACCCCCUGUGAAUCGCAAGGAGAAGGAGAUCCCAAGCCCCAUGCCCUUGGCCUGCAUCCUGGCCCCAGGAGCCUCUGUUGCACCACACCUCACUGAGAACAUCGUGCAUGGAAUUGCAACGGGCUUCCUUCAGAUACAGCCUUCGGCUCUGUCUGCUGCCAUCCUGAUGGCCGAUGUCAAUGAAGAUCACAACUAG